AUGAGUGCUUGUACCUGUUUACGAGAUAUCUACGCAUCAUGUAUCACAAACCCUUUACCAAAAGAGGAAUUCUGGUGGGCAAAUGAUCCGGAGAUGGGUCGAAUGGUGUACACAUGUGCGAUGCUUCUCCUCUUUUCCGCAAUAAUCGUUUUGCUGAUGUUCCGAUCGAUUAAAAGAUCCUCUUCGGCCAUUGAGAUGGAAGCGCUCCUUGAUGCGAUGAGAUUUCGUGAAGAGUUAGACAUUCAACAAAGACAACGAAGGAGAUUGUUGAAAGCUAAGACAAAGGUAGCUGCAUGGUUGACAAAAGCGCAGAAUGGAGAACCGAGAGGAUGGAGAACAACUCCACAAUUGUUACCACCAAGGAAACCAACUGUCAGUUCCUCCAAUUCGGAGAUCCCGGAAAUUGUGGUGACUGAUGAGAUGCCGAUUGAUUUCUACCGCUCAAAGACACCUGCUUUGUCACUUCUCUACGAUUUUGAGAACUCACCGAAUUAUAACUCUUCAAGAUCAGGGUCAUUAUCGAUGCCACGGGGCUCCGUUUGUUCAUCGAUUGGAUCACAUUUCUCACUGAAUGUUGAAUCGUCUCCAUCAUCUCGGAAACAAUCCACCACAUCGAUUCAACGUCGAAAGUCAUCAGUUCGCGGUAGUAGAGGCGAUGCGGGGAGUAGAGGCUCUUCAGCGUCUCUCAUAAAAUCGGGUGGUAAAUGCGGCUCGAUGAGUCUCGAUCAUGAUGGGCCAGUGCCAAGGAUGAGCUUUUGUUCAAACACUAUGAACAUGAACUCAUCCUCGUCAACAACUUCAUCUUAUUCACACAUUCUCUCACUUCCGCCAUACCUUUAUUCCCCACAAAAAGCGAUGAAUGAUUGCCCGAGUUUGCUCGAUCCACGUGGACAAUGUUAUGGGGAAUUGAGAUCUCUAAUGAAGCAAGUGAACUAUCAUAUCUGGUCACAGCACAAGAACUCACAUGCAGCUUUGGUCGGUGCUGACAUCUACACAGUGGUGAUGCUCUCGAUUUUCGCCUCAGUGAUCGUCGUGUUGAUGGUUAGAGCAAUUAAACCGACUGAGACUUUAGAUGAUCAGGUCACAUUUAUGCUUACUUCAAUGCGGGUACGUGUCGAAAAUGAGGAAAACGCUCGGCAAAAGCGAAAGCUACGAGAAGCGAAGAAAAGUGCACAAAGAUGGCUGACAGAGUUGAAGAGCCGUUCGAUUAGAAGGCUCAGUUAUCGGAGGUCGACCUCGGGAUCGGAAGAUCGCUCAAUGCACUCGGCUCCAAUUGCAGGCAUAGGAUCGAUUUCGUUGAAGGGACGAUUCCCGAGGGCUCGGUCAUAUAAUGGAUUUUUGCCCGAGAUUGUGGUAACAGAAGAAGUGCACCAGGAUUCGCUAGAGAACUCGUCUCCGUUUUUGUCAAGACAAUCCUCAAUGGGUACUUAUGAUGGAGUAUCACAAUUCUCGUUUGACAGUGAUAGAGAAGUCUUUGAUGAGAACGAGAGAAAUCAUCACAACACACCGAAUCCGACUCUCAUCGUC